UAUUACCAUCGUAUGAUAAUAUAUAUGUGCCUUUAGCGCGACUAGGACUGGAAUCUGGAAUUACUAUCUGGGAUCACCAUUCAGCACAUGUAGUAAUAGUAUAGCUCGGUCAGCUGUUAAAUUUUAGGUUAUGUAAUGAUUAUCUGUUAUUAACAUCGAUAUAAAACAGUAGUGAUUUUUCUUCAGUGAAUAUAAAAAAAUUACACGAGCAACGUUAAAAUGUCGUCGUGGAAAAAAGCCGCGAAGACGAGCCAGAAAACCCAUCGGGAACGUCACCAGCCCGAAGUUCGUAAGCAUCUCGGGCUGCUAGAGAAAAAGAAAGACUACAUCUUGAGAGCUAGGGAUUUCCAGGAAAAGCAGGCGACGAUCAAGCUUCUCCGGAAACGUGCGCUGAACAAAAAUCCAGAUGAAUUUCACUUUCAUAUGAUUAACUCUCAAUUAGUGAAUGGCGCUCAUAGAGAGAAAGACAAGAAAGAUAAGCACACACCUGAACAGAUAAAGUUGAUGGAGACACAGGAUCUCAGAUAUGUAGCGUAUAAGAGAAAUAUUGAAUCGAAGAAGAUAGACAAGCUGCAGAGCCAGUUGCAUAUGAUUGACAUUGCCAAUGAAACGCAGAAUCAACACAUUUUCUUCAUAGAAGACAGCACAGAGAUGAAGAAUUUUGAUCUUGCCAAGAAACUGGAUACACAUCCAGCACUUCUGUCCAGACGUACCAAUCGACCAAAGCUAAGCACGAUUAAAGACAUGAAGUUGCCGGAAUUGGAUGACAAAACUAUUACUAAGAUCGGGCAGAAAAAGCACAUGGCUUACAAAGAACUCGAAAAGAGGGUUCAUAGAGAACGCGAGUUGACAGUCGUGGAGCAGAAGUUGGAAAUGCGCAGGGCGUUAAAGGAUAAAAAGAUCAAAAAGCCAAAAUUAGUGAAACCUGGUUCGAAGGAUGCUGCUCCUAUUUAUAAAUGGAAGUUCGAAAGGAAACGGUGACUUGUGUAUUGCAGAGAAUUUGUUGUAAUAAAGAGUAUUAUAAUUUUAUAUAA